UUUACAUUUUUCAUCAUAAAUAUUAAUGUGGUUCUUGCAGAUGAGCAUAUUUGGAUACCAUUAUCGGGAACGAAUACCGUAGCAAGCAGUUCGCGAAGCAAUGAAUGCUACGUUGGUGAGAAAGAGUGUCGUAAAGUAGGCGAGAAACAAAAUUGUGUUGCAUGUCGAAUUGUAGUGCAUUCAGCAUGCAUAUCAAUUUUACAGCAACUACAGGUGAGUUGUAAAAUUACAUAUCAAGAAGAUAAGAAAAUUAAGAAGUCAGUGCUUUCGGGAAUAAUUACUGGACAAUCUUCUGAACUUAUCGGAAGGCAUCAUUGGAUUCAUAAAUGGAAACAAAAAGGCCGCUGUUUGCAUUGUGAUAAAUCAUUUCAACAAAAAAUUUUUUCUGACAAAGUAUGAAA